UGGCCGGAAGUGUAACUGUUCUCUGCCGCAACAGACAAUUCACUCUGGGAUCCACAGUCAGUGUAGUUUAAGUGCCGGGGGAUCAGUGUAUUGGAGUGAUAUAAUGCUACCUUUAUCAAUUAAAGAUGACGAAUACAAGCCGGCCAAAUUCAAUCUGCUUUUCAAGAUGUCGGGAUGGUUCAGAUCUAUCCUUUCUGAUAAGACGUCCAGGAACCUAUUCUUUUUUCUGUGUUUAAAUCUGUCCUUUGCGUUUGUGGAAUUACUGUACGGAAUAUGGAGUAACAGUUUAGGCCUUAUAUCGGAUUCCUUUCAUAUGUUCUUUGACUGUACGGCCCUCUUGGCUGGAUUAGCAGCUUCAGUAAUUUCAAGGUGGAGGUCGAAUGAUGCUUUCUCAUAUGGGUAUGUGCGAGCGGAGGUCUUGGCUGGCUUUGUAAACGGCCUCUUCUUAAUCUUCACAGCCUUUUUCAUCUUCUCAGAAGGAGUGGAGAGAGCUUUGGAACCUCCAGAUGUCCAUCAUGAGAGGCUACUGCCUGUGUCUAUUGCUGGUUUAAUUGUGAACCUGAUCGGAAUAUUCGUAUUUCAACAUGGAGGGCACGGGCAUUCUCAUGGAGAUGAAGGUCAUGGUCACAGUCAUUCUUUGUUCAACGGAGGGGUAAACCAUGGGCAAAGUCAUGGAGGGCAUGGCCACGGACAUGAAUCAAAGCAUGGCCACGGACAUGAAUCAAAGCAUGGACACAGCCAUGAUCAUGGGCAUGGCCACGGGCAUGACCAUGGCCACGGCCAUUCGCACGAGGACAAUCAUUGCCAUGAUGAACCCUGCAGUCCACCAGCAAAAGGCCCCAACAAACAGAUCUUACAAGGAAUCUUUUUGCACAUUGUAGCAGACACCCUUGGAAGUGUUGGUGUAAUCAUAUCUGCUUUGCUGAUGCAGAAUUACAAUCUCAUGAUAGCAGACCCAAUCUGCUCCAUGAUAAUCUCCUUACUUAUAGGAGUAAGUGUUGUUCCGCUGCUCAGAGAAUCUAUUGGAAUACUAAUGCAGAGAACCCCUCCUUCACUGGACCACGUCCUCCCAGAGUGUUACCAGCGGGUCCAGCAGCUCCAAGGAGUUUACAAUCUGCAGGAGCCACACUUCUGGACCCUUUGUACCGACGUUAACAUUGGAACUCUGAAGCUGCUGGUAGCCCCAGAUGCGGAUUCCCGGUGGAUUUUAAGUCAGACGCACAACAUUUUCACCCAGGCAGGAGUUAGGCAACUUUAUGUACAGAUUGAUGUUGCAGCUAUGUAGUGGCCCUUACAUUGGACUCCUUGGACCAAAGCCUUCCUGGUACUGUAGGGAUCAACGACAUCUAUCCGCCUGGCAUUAAACACCUCCGUCAAGAAAGAGGGACCAAGAUGGACAUGCAUUUGCUCUCGACCCCUCCUGAAGUUAUUUCUUUUGAAGAAACUUGCCAUUGAAACAAUAUGUAGAACACAAUUAUGUUGGACUUUUUUGUCUUUUUACCUGCUCCCAUAGAACAGUCUCAAUUGUGAUUUAUUUUUUAUUAUUUUUAUAAUUGAUUCCCAACCAUACAGUAGUAUUAUUAUUUGUAUUAUUAGGUUGUUACAUUUUGUACGCCAUGUGCUUAUCAGAGUCUCCAAAACUGAUCAUUCCUAUAGACAUAUAUAAAAGAAAAUAAGGGUUAAAUUAUGGAAGGGAUCUGCUUACUUUUUUUGUUUAAUUUUUUUUCUUGUUUUUGUAAAUAACACCUCAAUAGCUGAUGUCCUGAUAUGUAAUUCAAAUGUUUGUAAUCUGUCGUUUGCACUUUGCAGACUUUAUGAGCCAAACCAUAUUGGGUUUCCAAAGUGCCUUUUGACCACUAUGAUUAUGGACAAUCCGGGCAUGGGCAUUAAGACAUGACCUGUUUUAAUCUGAACUCUUGGAUGAGAUACAACAAACACGUGGGGGGUUUGAAAAGCUAUUCUCAUCUAUUUGAUACUGAAUGAAGUAGCUAUAUUUUUUUCUCUCUCUGUCUCUCUCAUUACAUAGUUCAGAUCUACAGCAGGGUUACGACAAAACAUUUAUCCACUGCAACGGUUCUUAACAUGGCUACAGCUACUUGAGAUUUCAUGACAAUUCCACUUUACCAUUUUUAAACACAAACAUCCCUGUGGGCAGUGCACACUUGUUUAUUUGAGUUUUAUUGCAUAUCUGUGUUGUUCCAUUAAAGGGAUAAAUGUUAGAACACAUGUGCAGAAUGAGAAAUUCACAUUUUGAUGAUUUUAUUUUCCUGGUGUAUGUUGAUUCAACAAACCUGGGUGUAUAGAUGAUCAGCUGUCCUUUUGCAAUAAAAAAAGGUUAUCAAGCA